CGCCGCGGCUUUGGUUUCCCCGGCAACCGGCUGCCUCUCCGCGCGGGGAAGCGGGAGAUGCUGACCCGGCGGCCCCGAGAUCCCCUCCGAGCCGUGCAGCGCCGCACUCAGGAACUGAAGCAACAGGUUGAGAAUUUGCUUUCUGAGAGCCAAGUGAAAGAAGUCAUAGAAACCAGUAAAAAGCGAGAUCUUUACCAAAGAUGUAUCCAGUUAAAGCAAGCAAUAGAUGAAAAUAAAAAUACUCUCCAAAAAUUAAGCAAAGCCGAUGAACCUGCACCCGUUGGGAACUACAAUCAGAAGAAAGAGGAGGAGCACAGUCUGCUGGAUAAGCUGACCCGCCAGCUGCAGGAGCUUGCUGUGUCCCUGAGUACAGAAAACAGAACUGGAGUUGGACUUACUGAAAAAGAGGAAGAUAAUGAUUCUUCUGAAGAUGAAGAAGAAGUAGAAGAAGAAGAAGAAGAAGAAGAAGAUGAAGAAGAAGAGGAAGAAGAAGAAGAAAAAGAAGAGAUUGAUGAUGAUGACGAUGAUGAAGAUGAUGAUGAAGACGAAAGCGAAGAAAGCAGGGAUGAAGAAAAAAUAGAAGAGGGAGAGAAAGAAGAAAGUAAAUCUCACCAGCAGUCAGUAAAAAGAGAAUACAUUGCUAUUGGAGAUUUUACUGCUCAACAAGCUGAGGAUCUUACCUUUAAGAAAGGGGAAAUUCUCCAUAUAACUGAAAAAAACGCUGAUGGUUGGUGGAGAGCCAAGAAUGCCAAAGGAGGUAUAGGUCUCGUUCCUAGAACCUACUUGGAGCCCUAUAAUGAAGAAGAAGUGCAAGAAUCAAGCGAAGAAAGCAGUGAAGAAGAUGCCAAGGUGGGGAAUGAAACAGCAGAGGGAACUGAAAUAAAACAAAGAACUGAUUCUCACUGGAGUGCUGUUCGGAGAGCUAUCUCCGAGCAGAUACAUACCAUUGACACGUUAACCACAAUGGGAGCCAUACCGUCAGGGUUCAGGCCUUCCACACUUUUCCAGCUUCUGGAAGAAGGGAAUCAGUUUCGAGCACGUUACUUCCUACAACCAGAGCUCACUCCUUCACAGCUGGCCUUCAAGGAUCUUCUGUGGGAUGCUCAGGCAGGCACUAUUAGGUCAAGACCAAGUCGUGUUUCAUUGAUCCUGACCCUGUGGAGCUGUAAGAUGAUUCCCUUUCCUGGAACGAGCAUCCAGGUUCUUAGUCGACACAUACGCCUCUGUCUGUUUGAUGGCACUAAGGUCCUGAGCAACAUUCAUACAGUCAGAGCCACAUGGCAGCCCAAAAAGCCCAAAACAUGGACUUUUUCUCCCCAGGUUACUGGCAUUUUGCCCUGCUUGCUUGAUGGUGAUUGUUUUGUCAGGUCCAAUUCUUCAUCUCCAGAUCUUGGAAUAUUAUUUGAACUUGGAAUUUCUUAUAUUCGCAAUUCUACUGGUGAAAGAGGAGAACUGAGUUGUGGCUGGGUGUUUCUUAAACUUUUUGAUGACAGUGGAAUUCCCAUCCCAGCAAAAACCUAUGAACUCUUCUUGAAUGGUGGCACCCCUUAUGAAAAAGGUGUAGAAGUUGACCCAUCACUAUCCAGAAGAGCAUAUGGGAACGUUUUCCACCAGAUGAUGACAAUGAGAAGACAGCCCCAACUUCUUGUCAAAUUGAGGUCGCUGAACAAGAGAUCAAGGAACUUACUAAGUCUGCUGCCAGAAACAUUAAUUGGAAAUAUGUGCUCCAUUCAUUUGCUUAUAUUCUAUCGCCAAAUUCUUGGAGAUGUACUCCUGAAAGAAAGAAUGAGUAUGCAGAAUGCUGAUCUAAUCAGUAAUCCUGUGUUAGCCACCUUCCCUAAGCUCCUGGAGCAGCCUGACAUCAUGGACGCGCUCAGGAGCUCUUGGGCAGAGAAGGAAAUCACACUGAAACGAUCAGAGAAGAGAGACAGGGAGUUCCUGAAGGCCGCGUUCAUCCUGGUGUACCACGACUGUGCGCUCCCUCUGCUCCACUCCACACUCCUGCCCCCGUACCGCUGGGCCGAGGAGGAGACCGAGGUGGCACGCUGGAAAGUGAUUGCUGACUUCCUGAAGCAAAAUCAAGAAAACCAGGGCGCCCUCCAAGCUCUGCUGUCACCAGAUGGGACCCACGAGCCCUUUGACAUGUCCGAACAGACCUAUGACUUUUUGGGCGAAAUAAGGAAGAACACAGCCUGAUGGCGGUGGCCUGCCGCGACUAGAGCCGACGUCGCCGAGGAUUCGGUCCGAAUCCUCUUCAUGCGGAUCAUGUUCUAUAGGAAAGUACAAUUGCCCCACAAUUUGAAGGCCAUGGAACCCUAAAAUAAAGUUAUAAGGAAUACUGUCAUACCUAAACAGAGGCUUUUUUUCUUUUUUCAUAAAACAACUAACAACUUUGAUCAAGAAAGUAAAUCCACAGUCCCCAAAAUGGAAGAUAUUUUCUCAAAUCUAAGAAGUCUAGUACCCAGAAUAGCAUAUUAACAUGCGAUUAUUGCUAAUAAAUUUUAUGCUGUGAGAUAAAGGGAAUAUCAGAGUAACCUAUUUGAAAAGGUUACUUUUCAAAAUCAGCUAUUUGAAGUUUUUCCUAGUUAUAUAUAAAAGAAAAUCUUAUUUUUCUCUUUAAAAAUCUAUAUAAAUGCUCAUUCUAAAAUAAUAAUAAUGAGCAAACUUGCAGGCUUUGGGGCGUUGUCUUACCCCUAUGUUGAAGGACAAAGCUGCUAUUACAUUUCAAACUGUGACUUCUGGGAAGUGGUCUCAGGGCAUCUAUAUCAUAUUAUUUUUAUCAAAGAACAUUGUUGAUACAGUAGACAUUGCAGCAUGUCUGUGUGUGUGUGUCCUUGAUUAAUUGGAUUAAUCCUCACACCUACCAUAGGAGAAUAUCCUUAUUUCCUCUAUUACUGCUGAAGAAACGAGCCAGGCACAUAAGAUUGCCUAAGCUUGCCACAGGUGGUGGUGGGGAGAGGGCGGCUAGGACAGAGAAGGGACCCCUAUGACAAUGACAGUUGGAAAUGAUCACUCUGAGCACUCAAAGAACCAAGUGCUGAAAGGAGGUAGAGGGACAAAUAUGAUUUCAGCACCUGUAUUGCAAGCCAUAAUGCCCAAAAGUAGUGGGGG